AUGGCCCCUGGCGCCGAGCGCCCCGAGCUCAACUAUGGCUCCAAGAUUCUCUUGCCUCCCUCCGCUCUUGACAAGGUUUCGAGACUGCACGUCCAGUGGCCGCUUCUUAUGGAGCUCAUAAACGGAGAGAAGGGAACGCACUCGCAUUGCGGUGUGUUGGAGUUUGUGGCCGAGGAGGGCAGGGCGUACCUGCCACAAUGGAUGAUGCAGACUCUUCUACUCGAUGUGGGAGACAUGAUCCAGAUCAAGUCGACCUCCCUAGAGCUGGCCCGCCGGGUCAAGCUCCAGCCACAGUCGCCUGCCUUCUUGGAAAUUAGUGAUCCCAAAGCCGUACUUGAGCGGGCCUUUCGCAACUUUGCUACCCUCACCAAGGGUGAUGUCUUCAACUUUGAAUACAACGACGAGGUCUUUGAUGUGGCCGUCCUAGAGGUCAAGCCAGAGACGGAGAAGAAUGGUGUCUCGAUGCUGGAGACUGACGUCGAAGUCGACUUCGCGCCGCCUGUCGGCUACGUAGAACCAGAGCGUACCAAGGGAAGCGGUACCAGCACGCCUAGGAGUGUGCGAGGAGGUCUUCCCGCAGGCGGUCUUCUACACAGCCAAGGUACUAUGGCACAAGCCAUCAACUACGACGCCAUCGCGCCCUCUUCUGCUGCUGCAGCAGCCACCAAUUUCCACGGCGAGGGCAACCGGAUAGGUGGCAAGAAGGGCAGCAAGACCUCGACACCCAAAGCCGCCACACCAGUAGCCGGCCAGUCAGCAAAUAGCGAUACCAGUGCUUUACCCCGACGACGCGUCAAUGGCCCUAUGCCAUUGCGACUACCCCCAAACAAACUGUUCUUUGGCUACGAGAUUAAGCCCCUGAAGACCAAGCAGCAGAAGGAAGAGGAGGCAGCAAAUGCUCAGAAGCCGCAUUUCGCCGGCCAGGGACAGACACUGCGUGGCGCUGUUAAGAGAAAGGGCGACGCAGCUGAUUCCAAGCCCAAGCCGGCGGAGAAGAAGGCUGGCGAAGGGAGGCGGUUGGACGGCCGGAAGGCCUAG